AUGUCUUUAUCUUCGAUUUACAGCAAAUCCAGACCAAUUCUACUAUGGAUCUUUGCCGUAGUUCUUUUGGCUGACAGAUGCGUUGCUAAAGAGGUAGUUAAUCCUAUCGAUGAAGCACCGGUCCCAGAAGAUCCCGAGGUCGAUUUGCCUGGCGCUGACGACGAUACAAACCCUAUCUCUGAAGAGAUAUUCUCAUCUUGGGCGCUUUUUAUAGUGCUAUUUCUUCUUGGAUCCGCACUCUGGUCGUCAUAUUAUCUACAGCAGAAGAGAAUCAAGGCUAUCCAUGAAACGGUGUUAUCUAUAUUUUACGGAAUGGUUGUCGGACUUAUCAUUCGUGUUAGUCCAGGACAUUACAUUCAGGAUGCCGUUAAGUUCAAUUCAAACUACUUUUUCAAUAUCCUCUUGCCACCCAUAAUCCUUAACUCUGGAUAUGAACUACACCAGGCCAAUUUUUUUCGGAACAUUGGUUCUAUUCUCAUCUUCGCCAUUCCGGGCACAUUUAUCAGUGCCAUUGUGGUAGGAAUAAUUAUGUUUGUCUACACAAAAUUGGGCAUUGAUGGUAUCAAUAUAUCAUUUGUCGACGCAUUGGCAGUUGGUGCUACACUUUCUGCCACUGAUCCUGUCACAAUUCUAUCAAUUUUCAAUAGCUACAAAGUCGACCCUAAACUAUACACCAUCAUAUUUGGGGAAUCUCUUCUUAACGAUGCUAUUUGUAUUGUCAUGUUUGAGACCUGUGAGAGGUUUCAUGGUCAACACGCUGAAUUUUCCAGUCUUUUCCAAGGUGUUGCUUUGUUUCUCAUCACUUUCACUAUUAGCACUCUCAUUGGCUUGGUGAUAGGCACUCUUAUUGCGCUACUGCUAAAGCAUUCGCAUAUUCGCAGGUACCCUCAGAUCGAAAGUUGUUUAGUGUUGUUGUUGGCCUACGAGUCUUACUUCUUUUCAAACGGUUGCCACAUGUCUGGAAUUGUUUCUUUGUUGUUUUGUGGCAUUACUUUGAAGCAUUAUGCCUACUACAAUAUGUCUCGCCGUACCCAGAUAGCUACCAAAUACGUCUUUCAGUUACUAGCACAACUUAGUGAAAAUUUUAUUUUCAUCUAUCUUGGAUUAUCUUUAUUUACCGAGGUCGAAUUGGUCUUCAAACCUCUUCUCAUCAUCGUUACAUUUGCAUGCAUCUGCAUUGCUCGUUGGGCAGCUAUUUUUCCUCUCAGUAGACUUAUCAACUGGAUCGCUAGAUCUAAGACUUCUUCGAGGGGAUACAGUAACGAACAAUCACAAGAGAUUCCUUAUAAUUAUCAGAUGAUGCAGUUUUGGGCCGGCUUACGUGGUGCUGUCGGUGUAGCAUUGGCUAUGGGCUUACAGGGCGACUCCAAGUAUGCAUUGCUAGCUACAGUCCUCGUUGUGGUGGUUCUUACUGUGAUUUUAUUCGGUGGUACAACUGCUGCUAUGCUUGAGAUCUUAAACAUCAAAACUGGAUGUGUCGAAGAGGGUGACGAGACCGACGACGAAUUUGACAUUGAGGCACCAACAGCCGCAACUACAAGCCUACCCAAAAGACAAAUAUAUUCCAAUCAUGGCUCGGCCACUUCUUCGCGAUACUACGAUGAUACUCCUGUUGGUGAUGAAUUGAAUGCCACUCCUUUGAAUGUGUCAGUUCCUACACCCCAGGCAAACAAUAAUAAUCCAAAAUUAGCUGUAUUUCCUUCUCAGCAAUUUCAUUUUGCAGGGUCUCAAACUAAUGCGGAUGGUAGAGCCCAAACAAGUUCAGGAUCUAGCUCAGGCGCGCCCGUACAAUCUUCUGCAAGCAUGAUGAAUUUAGGCAAUAUGCUAAAUCUGGAAGAACAAACUAAGUGGUUUACUAGUUUUGAUGAGAACGUGCUUAAGCCAGUGCUAUUGGACAACCUUCCAGAUGACAGUGACAAGCACACCAAUAAUGCUUCUUCUUCUUCCAGCACAUAG